UUAUUAUCCUGGUGUAAUUUUUCUGAACAGAAAAAAAAAAAAAAAAAAAAAAAAAAAAAAAAAACAAGCAGAAGUGCUUUUUUUCCAGAUUUCUAGAAUUGGUAUGAAAAUAAUCUCAUUUAUUUUUGGAAUUUGAACUCACUAGUACGGAGGGAAGAACUUACUUUGUGCCAGUAUGAGUUUUUAAGUUAAAUAGUUCUUUGAUAGAUUUUGCUAUCUGUUUUAAAUCCACAGCAUAUGCGAAUUGCAAAAAUUGAAAGAGAAAAAGGAUGCGAAUAAGAAAAAGAAAUCUAAAAGAGGGUAAAGAUGCAGGCUACCAUGUACAACAAGAAAUGGCAGAGAGUACAGUGCAAAGUUCUAAUACCAUUGACCUCACCAUUAAGUCGCUCCACAAAAAUAAAAAAGAAAGUUGUAAGGAGAUGAUACAAAAUGGGAGACCUGAAGAAUCGAAUGAAAGCAAAAAGGAAAAGGAGCAAGAGGGAUCUUUUCAAGAGCAAGAGGCACUGCUUGAAAAACGACAAGCAGAAGAAGACAUUAAUGAUGAGUUCGAGCUCAACAUUAUCAUUAGUAACGAUAAUCUCCUCGAUAAUACAAAUAGUAAUAUGAAGGACAAUAACGACGAUAAUGGCUUGAAUCUUCCCACAAGAGAUGAAAAAGGUCAAAGUUACUAUCGUUUGAAGCAAGGGAUACCAAGGAGCGCAAAAUUUCGUUCCAUUAUUAAUAUAUACAAGUGUACGAAUAGGCUCUCAUCAGCCGAAGAUGAAUAUAAUUGGAGUCCCCCAGGUACUUUAGAGAACCAUAAAUAUGACGUACAUAAUAAAGGUAAAUCAGGAAAGGACCAAGAGGAUCUUCCAAGAAGACAUUAUCCAACAAACAAAAGCAAAAAGAUAUUCAUAGUACAUAUUAAAUCAAUUAAUUCUACAUUUUAA